AUGCGUGUUUUUGCUGUUCCGGUAGAUUCCACUUCCGAACAGUUAUACUAUAUGGAAGAAUACGAUAUCGAGUUAUCACAGCAAUCAAUCGAGCUGCCAUGUUAUCAGUUCGAUAUUAUUCAUGCGCAAUUUUGCUUUCAAAUUGUAUCAGUGGAAAAAUUUACUGCACGCUUCAGUGAAUGGACACGAAAAUGCGUUUACACUGAAAAUUUAGGACAGGUGGAAGGUGGCUGGCGAAAUUGGUCCGCAUGGAGCUUGUGCUCCGUGAGUUGUGGACGUGGGCUACAACGACGAUGGCGCUUAUGCGACUCGCCCAUUCCUCAAAAUGGCGGAAAUUUAUGCAGAGGAAGUUUCGUGGAAUCUUUGAGUUGCGAUACGCGCAAUUGCACAGAAUCGAAAGCCAUGGUAAUUACUGUAAACGACACAUUAUGCUCCUGUGGAUGCCUAAUUAAUCAUACGGCUGGAAGAUUUUUUGCUCGAACGUGCGAGGAAAUCACAGAUUGGACGUUGAAAUCUCACGGAAGAUUUCUGUAUCUGAAAUUAAAGCACGACGCGACUACCAAUCAAUUUAGACUUGCAAUUUAUCGCGGUUUAACAAAAGAGGAGUUAAUUUAUGAUUCCGUAAUAAACAGCCAUGCUCAUAAAAGCAGUUUACAGUUCACUUCCAAAGAUUACUUCGUUAUUUCACUUCUGAAAAUGAAUAGCUCAUCAAAUAUCAACUCGGGUAUAGAAAUAGGCUUUGAAUGGAAGAAUGCAACCGAUCAUAUGCUGUCAUCAUUUACAACACUGACAUUGUCACAUUCCUGCAUGUUUUGUCAUCGUGAUUUGUCAUUCCUCCUAUCAAGUCUAUUCAUUAUUUUAAUUAUAUCUCUUCCGCCACUUCUGUGCUCCUAUUCUACCAUAUCGGUUAUUCGAAAAACAAAAUGGAAGCGAAAUCAACAAUUAAGCAUCGGCAAUUCGUUGGACGAACCCAGGCCUGAUGUGAGUAUGGUACAAUCCGGACAAACGGACACUACGGAAAUCAGAUCAGUCAACAGAACCAUGGUCACGAAACGUUCUAUCGGUAUACAGCUUUCAUCGACUCCACGUUUCCCCCGCGAGAAAGGUUUACGAUGGUCUCGAGCAACUAAUUCACCACAAAUUACACCACGUAACGACGAGCACUCAUCACUUUCAUUUAAUACCGAUCACGAUUUGGAAUACGAUUAUUACGAGCCAACCGUGCCGGGUUCAUUCCUUACACCACCUGUCAACUUCUACUCUGAUAUCGAUGUUGAGCAGAUUAUAGGUAGCUCUCAGCUUUCCUAUAGUCUGAUAUCGAAACAUGAUGCUCAUACACAAAUUGGAGAUAAGAUCUGA